AUGUCAAGCGGGCUUUUCGAAUCAAUUUCUCGCCCACUUGAACUUGUUUGGGACGCUUUUAUAGAGGAUGAUCCUCAAGCCACCAUUAUGCUAGAGGAAUUGACUGAUGUAAUGGACGGAAUGGUCCUUCAAACAGUCGCAGAUGGAAGAAUCACGGUAUACAUACAAGAACAGAAAGUGGCAUUUCCUAUUUGCGAUAUAGUAGAAUCAUAUUUAUCAUAUUUCUCACAUUUUGAUUGUUCAAUUACAAUUGCAAUUGAUGAUAAUCCUCCACAAGCAUAUAGUAUCGCAUUAGAAGAGUUUCCCAUACCAGAAAAUCCUCGCUCAGUAGUUAUUGAGUUUCUAGGAUUCUUAAAUGCAACUGCAACUUUUAAAUUAAUCGAAAAUGCUUCUCAAAUUAACAGAAAUGUAAAAUACCCGAUCUUAUGUCUUGGAUUUCCAAGUCCUGAUAUCGAUGAGCAUGCUAUUCAAGAAUUUGAACAAUUUACCCUUUCAAGAGAAUUUCCUGUUCAGCAAUAUACAAAACUUGUUCAAAAAAGAACACAACUGGAAUCAAGAAAUAAAUCAUUCCGAGUUAAACUCUCUAAACCACGCAAAGAUCUCCAAAAAAGAGCAAAAGACGCAAUUGCUGAGAUACAAAAGCGAGAAAAGCAGUUACAACUCAUCAAAGAGCAUGCACAAGAUGAAGUUAAUGAACCUCUUCCUAGUGCUCCUGAAGUAAAUCCAAAAUUAGAAGAAAUUAUUUCUAGAAUUGAAGGAGAAAUUAAUGAUAUAAAGGUAAGAAUCAAUGACGCAUAUGCAAUGUUAGAAGAAAAGAAGACUGAAAGACAUUAUACAAGAACAGAAGAACUUGAAUUGUUAGAACAACUUAGAACAGAAGUAGCUGGAGAUAGGAAGCAAGUGGAUGAUUUUGAAGCCCAAAUCCAUAAGAAAUAA